CUUUUGUAUAUUUUAGAAAUAUUAAGUAAGUGGACAUUAUUUGGGUCCAGCUUCUUUGCUGUGAAACGCAGUGGCGAUCAACAAAUAUUAGCCUUAAAUAGAACUGGAGUUCAUUUUCUUCAUAUUGUUACCCACGAGACUUUAUCGACAGUGCCAUUUAGUGAGGUAAUUUCUACAAGAAAAGUAAGAGCUGGCGAAGGUGCCACACUUUAUUUAGAAUUGAAAUGUGGUAACUUAUUCCAACAACGAGUAGCUAGAUUACAAACCGAUCAAGCACAUGAGAUCGCUAGACUUGUUAGACAAUACAUUACCAUGCACAGACGUAAGUAUAUGAUAGUAUAUUGAUUAUGUGUUAAAUUUUCCAUUGGAUAUAAUAUCUACUGAUGUAGGAUGUAUACAUAAAAUAUAUAUGGUAUUUGUAUUCAUUACUAUUGCA